UUCACCGGAGGGCGUCGCGGGGCCGGCCGCCAGCAAAGAAGGAAGAAGAAGGAGGAGGAGGAGGAGGGAUGGACCUGGCCAGCGGCGCCCCGAAGCAGCGCGGCGGGGCUCGUGCGGCGCGCGCCUCCUCGCCCAGCAGCUCUCCCCGCGGCCGGGACGCCACUGGAACCAGCGCGCGCCGCCUCCGCGCCGCCCCGAGCAGCAGAAGCAGCCGCCGCUUCCCUUCUUCCUCCUCGUCGUCGUCGUCGUGCUGCUGAGGUGCAGCUCUUGCCUUGCGAAAGCGGCUCGGAGCUCCCGCCGCCGCUCCUUCCCCUUCUGCCGGGGCGCGGGGGAAGGCGGGCGCCUUUGCCCUUUUCACCCGGCCGCCGCCGCCGCUGCGCCCCUCCAGUGCCUUCCCGCGAAGAGAGGAAAGGGCGCCUCCGUUUCCGUCGAGGGGCGGCUUUCCCCCUCAGCCGCCUGCCUGCCUGCCUGCCUGCCUCCCUCUCCCCUCCGUGCUUGCUUUCUUUUUCUUUCUUUCUCUCGGAGGGUGGGAGGGGAGCCGGAGAGCGCAGCAGCAGCAGCAGGAGGAGGCGAGGGAAGGCGGCCGGCCGAGGCGCGCAGCCCGGCGCUGCCGUCGCCGCCGCCGGCGCCCGAAGAGCCAUGCGAGAAUACAAAGUGGUCGUGCUGGGCUCGGGCGGGGUGGGCAAGUCGGCGCUCACCGUGCAGUUCGUGACGGGCUCGUUCAUCGAGAAGUACGACCCCACCAUCGAGGACUUUUACCGCAAGGAGAUCGAGGUGGACUCUUCGCCCUCGGUGCUGGAGAUCCUGGACACGGCCGGCACCGAGCAGUUCGCCUCCAUGCGGGACCUGUACAUCAAGAACGGGCAAGGCUUCAUCUUGGUCUACAGCCUCGUCAACCAGCAGAGCUUCCAGGACAUCAAGCCCAUGAGGGACCAGAUCAUCCGGGUCAAGAGGUACGAGAAGGUGCCCAUGAUCCUGGUGGGCAACAAAGUGGACCUGGAGGGCGAGAGGGAGGUCUCGUUCGGGGAAGGCAAAGCCCUGGCCGAAGACUGGAGCUGCCCCUUCAUGGAAACUUCAGCCAAAAACAAAGCCUCGGUGGACGAACUCUUUGCAGAGAUCGUCCGGCAGAUGAACUACGCUUCCCAACCCAACGGGGACGAUCAAUGCUGCUCUUCCUGCGUGAUCCUCUGAAAGGAGGAGGACAUCACGACUGUAUUGCUUUCUAUUGUUUUUUUUUAAAAAAAAUUCCUUUUU